AUGGGCCGCCAGGCAUGGAAGCCCAUGCUUGUGACACCUGCCUUGGGCUCGGAGUGCUGGGCCGCAGGGCACGACCCUCUGCUGUGCUGCCACCCAAAGCUUGGGGAGAAAGGCUGGGAGCUCUGCUGGGAUGGGGACUACACAGCCUUGCGCUGCUGCAACCAGAGCGCCUGGGACUCCCAGGAGCAGCUGGGAUACAUGCUAAGACUUCAGGACUCCUGGCAUCGCCGCUGCGAGCACGCGGAAGUCUUCCGGGACAAGCCCGGGGAGUGGUCGGACGGGGUAUGGCAGCAGUUGAUGUUCUGGUUCUACUGGCUCCAGAACCGCACAAAGGCGGAGCUGGAUGACUUUGCAAGCCGCCCGCUGGAGGAGAAGCUGCGGCGGCUGGCCAAGAGGUCCCGCUCGGGAGAGCCGCACCUCCAGCUCCAGAAGGUCAGCAUCCUGGAUGUGGGCGCAGGGGCCGUGGUCCAGGUGGGCCACCAGUGGCCGGGCGUUGAAGUGGAGCUGUCCGUUGCAGACCCCCUUGCUUGCCACUACCACUGGAUGCUGGAGGACCUGGGCCUUCAGCAUCUCCAGCCAAGGCGGUCCAAGCCGGUGGGUGCGGAGAGCGUCGCCGAGGCAUUCGGACAUGAGGUCUUCGACGUCAUCCACAGCUCCAACGCGCUCGACCACAGCCACGACCCCAUCGCUGCCAUGAGGGGCCUCCUCCGGGCCAUCCGUCCCGGCCGACCCCUGUACCUGGAGAUGCGGCAAAACGAAGGCCAGUACCAAAACUACACAGGCUUCCACCUCUGGAACUUCGACCUCCAGGACCAACGCCUGGUGCUGUGGCGGCCCCGAGGGGAGAGCAAAGAGUUCUACGACGUGGAGUCUGUGCUGGCCGCGGACGGCCUCGUGUCCCCUGGAGACCUGGAGGUUGAUCUCAGCUGGGACAAAGAGAAUGAGGUGUACCAGGUGGUGUCCACCAUCUGGCGGAGAGAUGUGUAG